CCUGCAUCCCCCUCGGCCGACCAACCAGCCAGCUCUGCCCAGCAUGGCCCAGCUCCCAAAGUCCGAGGUCCAGCAGAUCUUCAAGAAGCUGAAUUCCAAGCGAGAGAACAAGGUGUGCUUUGACUGCAGCGCCAAGAACCCGACCUGGAGCAGCGUUACAUUCGGCAUCUACCUGUGCUUGGACUGCUCUGCCAUCCACCGCAAUCUCGGCGUCCACAUCACCUUCGUACGCUCAACCAACCUCGACUCGUGGUCGCUGGAUCAGCUCCGGCUUAUGAAGGUCGGCGGCAAUCAGAACUGCCUUGAGUUUUUCCGACAGUACUCGGGCGGCCCGGCCGGCCUCGACAAGUUCAAAGACCCCAAGGUCAAGUACACUUCCAGGGCAGCAGUCCUGUACAAGGAGCGGCUGAAGAAGCUCGCAGACGAGGAUGCCAAAAAGUAUCCCACCCGAAUAGUGCUGGAGAGCCACGACGACCAAGCCGAUGGAAUUGCAGAGGCCGCCUUCAACGACCCCUCCAAUGAGGACGACUUUUUCGGAGAGUGGGAUGCGCCCAAGACCCCAACUGCCGCGGUUGCAGCCAAGCCUGCGCUCGCUGCUGCUCCUGCCGUCGCCGCUGCGACUUCGGGCCGCCCAGAAAGCAGCCCCAUUGGCAGCACGCUCUCCAGCCCCAAAGUCGCCCCUCUGUCCGCACCCUCACCCUCGGUCGGCUCCCCUGUCGCCCAGAGCGCCACUCCCAAGCCCGCCGUGCUGUCCACGACGCAGCAAGGCUCUUCCAUGACGAUGGGCUCGUCUACUCAGUUCCUCAAGGGCGGAAGCAAAAAGUCUCUGGGCGCCAAAAAGGCCACCAAGGUCAUCAACUUUGACGAGAUCGAGCGACGUGCAAAGGAGGAGCAGGAGCGGCUCGAGAAAGAAGAGCUCCUGCAGAAACAGAAGCGCGAGGAGGAAGAGCGGUUCAACCAAAUCAAACCCAGUGGCGUGUCGUCGUUCUCGAGCCGCCUGGCGUACGUCGAACCUGGUGCCGGCGAGACCUCGACUUCUUCCGAGGACCCCAUGGAGCGUCUGGGCAUGGGCGUCGGCAAGCUCGGCUUUGGGUUUGAUGCUUCCGCUAAUGCCGAUAGCAAGCGACCGGCCAAGUUUGCCAAUGUUACUGGCCCAGCCCCUAGCUCGUCGGCGUCGGGAUCAUCUGGCUUUGGACAGAGCCCAUCGCAAGCCCAGCGCUCUGGUGGAUUCAGCCAAAGCGGAUUCGGUCAAAGCGGAUUCGGCAAGAGUGCUUACGAAUCGAGCGACGACGCGGCCAAGCGAUUUGGCAACGCAAAGGCCAUCUCAAGUGACCAGUACUUUGAGCGCGGCAACUACGAUGCCCAGGCCAGCAUGGAAGCCCGCGACAAGCUUCGUCAGUUCGAGGGCAAGUCCGGAUUCGGAUCCUCUGAUUACUACGGUGAAGAGCAGGCCAGCCGCGGUGGAGUCUCCAUGAUGCCCUCGAGCAGCUACGAGGGAGUUCUUGGUAGCGUGUCCAACACAGCCAAAGACUUUGCAAACAAAUUUGCGAGCCAAGCCGCGGACGACUUUUCGACCCUGAGCCGCAUCGUGUCGUCGGGCGGCAACAAGUUGGGCGAGAUGCUCCAGGAUAUCCAGUCUCGGUACUCUUAAAUCAACCACGCUGUGGGGCUCCCUGUGGUGGUAUCUGCAGCGACGAUGCCUCGCUGUCAAGUUUGGUGCAUAUUUGCUGUUGUUGUUUUGCGUUUUGUAUCCCCUUGAACCCAACGCCCAGGGCUGUUUGCGCUCGCACAAACUUGUCGGCCCAGCCCCUUUCUGCGUACCUCCCCAUUUGUUGUUUUACAGCACAGACACGCUAUAUAUGUAGACUGAGUGAUGUUGAUCGAUUGCCCAACUGAAUGCUGUCGAUCGGCGCCCGCUUGUGAUGAGCUCGGCCGAUGAGAUAUCGCGGGACAGACGCCCAAGGAGACGAUUCAACCAUGGCGUGCUUGUGGCCGGAAGAUAUGUUGUGGCAUUUUGCUUUUUCAACACUAUACAAAUUGCGUUACCGAAUG